AUUUAUUUCAAUAUUCAUUAUGAUUGGUCGAAACAUUUAAGCGCCAUUUUAAUAAUGUAUUUGAAAGUGCAUACUCGAUUCGGACUAUCGAUCCUUUCAUAUGUAUUAUGAUUUGAUGUUAUACGUAUAGAGUGCGCGAGACUAGAUUUGCUGUGUUUUCUUAAGCCUUUGACGUAGAAAUAUCAAGGCUUUCGCGAAUGACAGCUAAAGUUUUAAGUGUUUACUGAUUUGUUGAAAUGGAGAACGAGAAGGAAGGGAACGACGAUUAUUAUUUGGAAUUAUCUUCUGAUCCUAUUAAGUUUGAAUCGGUUAGCAGUCUUACUAAUGUUUUUUUCGAUGAUUCCAAGCAGCAAGUAUUUGCUGUUCGUUCUGGGGGUGUCACUGGGGUUUUGGUCAAGGGACCUAAUCAAAAUAUAAUAUUUAGAAUGGAGGAUAAAGGUCCAGUGAUAUCCAUCAAAUUUUCUCCAGAUAUGAAUAUACUUGCUAUACAGCGUACUAAUACAUCUGUAGAGUUUAUGAAUUUUUCUCCUACACAUGAACCUGAUGGUAUUGAAUAUUCACAGUCUUGCAAGGGAAGGACUGCAACAAUAUUAGGUUUUGUUUGGACGCAUGGCAAUGAAAUAUUAUUUGUUACCGAUCAAGGAGUAGAAUUGUUUCAAGUUAAUCCAGAGAAACGUUGUACUAAAACAUUGAAAUCUUCUAAUUUAGUGAUCAAUUGGUUUGUAUUUUGUCCUAAAAGUUAUUUGGUUUUAUUGUCCACUGGUUCGGUAGGAAAUUUAAUGCAAGCAUUACACGUAACACCUGGCAACAUUCAAAAAUUUACUAAAUUUGAAAUGGAACCUAGUACAACCAAACCGGGAAAGCUUGCUGUCUCAGAAAGAGACGUAGCUUUAGCUGUUUUGUAUGGGACACCUUGUAUUAUUGUUUUGCGACAUCAGGCAGGAGCUAAUCGUUCUGUUGCAACUGCAUUUGUCUAUGUAUAUACUAUUCAUAAGAUGUUAACAAUUAAAAAAAGUCAUAUUCUUAAGCUCGAUGCCAGUGGACGAUUUGCUAUUAAUGUUGUAGACAAUCUUAUUAUUGUUCAUCAUCAGGCAUCAAAGACAUCAAUGAUUUUUGAUAUAAUGUUACCUGGUGUAAGUGAUGGUACUGUGGUACAUCAUACUAGUGUAGCACCAGCAAAAUCUAUUAAACCAUACAACCUUGUUGUCCCAGGUGCUACUUUGUCAGAUGAGUUGUUACAGCCUUGUCAAUUAUAUUCACCUAAUUGGGUAGUAUUUCAACCAAAUAUAGUAAUUGACGUUAAAUUAGGGUGCUUAUGGUACAUAGAAUUGAGAUUGGAAGUAUUAAUUAAACUUAUUAAAGACAAAGUUAUAUUAGUUGAAUUUCUUAUGCAAAGAUCUAACGCUAAACAAAUUUUGAUACAAGUAUUGCAACAAUUUAUGACAGAGUUGCCAGUAAGUUUAAUGGAUAUUCCAGCAAUUUUCGAUAAAAUUAAUCCUGUAUAUAGAAAUUAUCUUGAGAAGGAAAUGCAGAAUCAGAUGGGUACUCCUCUUCAGAAUAAUACCAAAAAUGGUAACACUACUACGGAGAAUUAUAUGUACAAAUUGAAAAUUGAACAAAGCGAUAUGUAUAGUAUCAUUUUACCUAAAUUUCCUGAAAGUACAAUAGAACCAAAAAUGAUAGUAUGGGUCCUCCUAGAAUAUAUCAGGUCUUUAACAGAACAUGGAAUUCCUGUAGAACAUUAUUUACAUGAAUUAGUUAUUACAACAUUGGUGCAAAGAAAAGCAUAUUAUCAACUGCAUCAAUUACUGCAAUAUCAUGUUGUAGCUGAUUCGAAACCUUUAGCUUGUUUAUUGCUAUCAUUAGAAAAUCUAUAUCCGGCUGCUCAUCAAUUAGCAUUGGAUAUGUUAAAACGAUUAGGAAAUGCACACGAAGAAAUAAUCGAAGUACUUUUGUCCAAGGGUCAUAUAUUAGCUGCUCUUAGAUAUGUCCGUUCAGUCGGAAUGAUAGAUCAGGUAUCUGCUCGAAAAUUUUUAGAAGCAGCAAAAGCUUCUAACGAUGCUACUCUCUUUCAUUCAGUCUUUAAAUUUUUUGAACAACGUAACUUAAGGUUACGUAAUACAACAGCCUUUACAAGGGGUGAACAUUGUCAACCGUAUGUUCAACAUUUUAAAUAUUUAUUUCAAGGGACUGAUAAUGGAUGCAAUUCCGAUACAAACUCUAAUGUCACUACGGUCUCAUUAUAAGAUUGUUACUGUGAUCUCUUAUAAUCAUAAUAUAAAUUUCUGUAUUUAAUGAUGGUAUGUAUUUUAAAAAAACGUAGAGGAGUUUCAAUAAAGACAAAUUUUGAUAAUUUCA